AUGAAAAUUAGAAAAACUUUAUUUAAAAAACCUGAUGCUUUGCCUUCAGCUCUGGAAACAAUUGUUUAUCAUUUAAUACAUGAUGAUCUAGAUCAAAUAUCAAAAUGGGCCAACUUAGACUCUUGGUCAUUUCCUAAAGGUGAUUUCCUUCAGUAUAUAGAUGUUUUAAAUCGAUUCGAUACUAUUUUGAAUUCUGUAUGUGAAAUGCACGAAUUAAACGAUAGCAUUCAAAAAAAGCCUUUUAAUAAUGACACAAAGGAAAUGGUAUUGGCCAUCUUGAACUUUUCAAGAUUGUUAUAUGAAAACUGUAAAAAUCGAAGUUUAUAUAACUCUUAUGAACAUUUGAACAGUUUACUAAAUACAACAGAUAUCGACAUUCUUAGGGCAGUAUUACAGUUAUUGAUGAAAGAAUCGUUACGUCUUAAUACUUCACGCACAGUUCAACCAAAUUUUAAAAUUUCACAAGAUAAGAUUAGAGGAUUGAUAAGUGGAGGCUCCAUUUCUGAAUUAAUUUCGAAAAAUUACAUUACAAAUAAUAAAAUCACAAUGUCGUUUUAUCGAGAAGAUCAAGAUUGUAAUGAAAGUUUAAAAGUUAUUGACGCUGAAAUUAUACCAAAUAAAUACACAGAUCAUGAAUUAUUUUGGCAGUUAGCAGAUGAGCACAUGCCAAAAAUAUACCAUUUCGAGCUUUUAAACAGAAUCAGGAUGAUUAAUCAUGCAACAGAGAGAUCAGUGCGUGAGCAGUUACUUAUUAUUCGAUUUCUUCUAAUUACAAUAAUAGUUCAUACUAUGCCUGAAACUAUUGCACAAAACAAGAUUUUUAUUUAUGAACCUCACCUAGUAUCUCAACUUGUUCAACUCAUUACUUAUGAUAAUGAUAUCUCUAUAGAUAUUCAAACUUAUGCAUUAUAUACUUUACGUGGAAUAGCAAUGCAUAGAGCAAAAAUUACAGAAGUUUUAACAGCAUUUAAUGCCUCUGCAAAUCAUGGCAUUUUACUUCAUAUUUUACGACAAUUAUCACAGUUUAAUACAAAUUAUACAAUGGAAUUUCUUGAUGCUUUCUUUAUAUUAAUUAAAUAUUUAUUACAGAGCCCUGUUGGUAGUGCUAUGUUUAUGUCAGCAGGCAUCACCACAACUUUGGUAGAAGUUAUAAAUCAUUCCGGAAAUAUGGAUUCAAUCUAUACAAAGUCUCUGGUUAAGGUCAUAAGGCUGUUGGAUACAAUCAUUAAUAAUAUCAGUUCAUCCUUUUCGUCAUUUUUAAGUGUAAAUGGUUUAGAUAGCUUAUUGAAAGCUGUUCAGGUGCGAGUAGAUUAUUGUAUAGAGCAACAUUCAUUAUACAAUAAGUUACCCGAUAUUGACUCAAUUCAAGUCAUUAAAGAAAUAUUACGAUUUCUGAUUCGUAUAAGAGAAUAUGAAAAUACUUCAGAAGGCUUACGUAAUUUGAUUGAAACCAGUUUACCAAAUAUUCUCAAAAAUAUAAUGGAGAAUUAUAAGACAUUCGAUCCUAAAACUUAUGCACUUGCAUUCACUGUUAUGUCUACAUUUAUACAUAAUGAGCCUACUUCAUUAACAGUCUUACAAGAGCUUGGCCUUCCGCAAGUUUUUUUAAAAACUUUUUUAUUGUAUGAUGAAAGUAGUAUUGAAGUGUUAACAGCAGGAAUACAUGCUUUUGGCGCUAUUUGCUUAAACUCAUCAGGAUUAGAAAUGUUUCAUGAAAUAGACCCAUUACCACACUUUUUCCAAUUAUUGACUUCCAAGAGUUUUGUAAAAUCUAUAAAUGACAUGGGAAGUAUGUCAGUAUUAGGUACAACGAUGGAUGAGUUAAUACGACACCAUCCCAGUUUGAAAACAAGAGCUUUUGAAUGUACAAAUAAACUUUUAUUACAAGUAAUUGAAAUGGGAAAUUCUGAAGAAGGAAAACCAUCUGAUAACUCUCAUAAGUUAACAUUUGAACGCAAACUUGAGGAAUCCCCACAAGAAGAAAAUGUAGAAUGCCUUUUGCUAGCUUAUAUUAAUUUAGCUUCAGAGUUUUUGGACGGAUUUUUUAAAAAUACAGGGAAUGUGAAUGAGUUUAUCAAGUAUAAAGGUCCUGAUUUACUUUUACAAUAUUAUACUCUUCCAUCUCUUCCGUAUAAUUUCUUUACAUCGAACGCCUUUCAUGCACUCAACAAUUUAUUUCGGACUAUUGCAAACUCCUCCCCUCAAUUACUUGCAAAUCAACUUAUAAAAAAAAUAUACGAUUUAUCAAGGUUUCUUUUUACUGAUUUAGAUAUAAAUUCAAGUAGAAUCUGUACAUAUAUUGAAGAAAACGGUAAAGACGAGGAGUCUGUGGAUAAAGCCAAUAAUUUAUUUUACAAAUUCAAAAGCCUUUUUGGAUAUGUUGGCCUUCUCUCAACAGUAUUUUCAUCUCCUAUCAUGAAAUUUAAUAAUCAUGCAGGCUUACUUGUUGAAUGGUCUAUAAAGAGUUAUGAAGAAUAUGAUAGUAUAAUUGAAUUCCUUGGUGAACUGCAUAGAACAAUGAUGUGGCAAAAUAUUCUACUUCGGGAAUCUUCCCCUAAAUUUUGGUAUAGUAGAUCAGCUCAGACACAAUCCUCAUCUAAAGAAGAUAUCGAUUUAAAGGAUCCUCGUACAAUUAAUACAAAUCGCUUCAAGACAGUAAUUAGUGAAGUAUCUCCUGCUCUAUUGCCUAUUUUGUUAGGUAUUAUAAAGGCAUCUACAAGUCGUCUAGCUACAAAAUCACCAGAGUUAUUUUAUAUGCGUUGCAAGGGCGUUGCUCACAAGAUUGCUAAACUAUUCAAUGCAAGUUUAUGUUAUUUAAAUCGUCCAAAUAUGCCUAAUUGCAAGUAUAAUUAUUAUGCAUCCCUAUUUUCAAUGAUCUCUAUGGUGCUUCUAGGUCCACGUUCACGAACUGCAUUGCAAGUACCCAUCGCUAUUGCAUUUGAAGGUUUAGGCAAUAUAGAUUUAUUAGUCAACACAUUCUUACCUCAGUUUUGGAAAGCAAUGGAAACAGAGAUUGAAAUAGACGAAAAAAAUGAAAGCUUGAUUCAACGUAUCAAUACUUGUAUUGAAAUAAUACUAUCUAUUCUUUAUCAACUAGGGUCAACAAAACUAUUUAACAAAUCAAAUCAUGUCCAUAUGCUUAUUUCUCCUUAUCCUGAUGAAAAAAAUAAUUUAAACACAUAUCCUUUAAAUUAUAAGUAUUGGCUAUCAUUUAUGUCUCUUAAGCUAUCCAGCCUCAAUGAUUAUCUUCGAAGCCCUGUUUUAAACAAAAUCUCAAGACAAGUGCUACAUUCACUUCUACGAUGUGUAACACAGAGUUUAGAGUAUGAACGACCUUACAUUUCCAUAAAAAUUGAUCCUCGAUAUAUAGCAGAAAAUAAUGGAUCAUCCCCACAGAUUGGAAGACAGGAGCCAGUACCGGAAAGUACAAACAAUGAAGGAAGCGACCAUGAUCAGCAAGAAGAUACCAUUGGCAAUAAAGAUAACGAUAUUAUUGAAGACGAAAAUAAUAAUGUUCUAUCUUGGAAAGACAUUUCUCGAUACGAAGAAAAACUUUCAGUAAAGGAUAAUUCAAGAGAGUUUAUUGACGUGCUUAACCGUUUAGAUAAAGCUCAUAAUUUGAUUCGCACAGAUACUCCUCUUAUUCUUGCUCACCUGGUUGAUGUACGCGAUGAUCUUGAUCUUGAAAUUCGAGAUUUAAUGAUAACUUUAUGUUGUGGUGAUACUAGAAACCAAUUAAUAAAUAUGGAGCAAACUGUCCAGUGUUUCUUUGCUGAUGUUUGUACUGAUCAGGGUACAAGUCAACUAUUUGAAUCGUCUAUGAGCAGAAUUCGAAUUCUUGCAUUGAUGCUAUGUGAGCCUAGUAUGCAGAGCAUUACAACAAAGAUGAUUGCCUAUCUCUCUACUAUCUUUGACUGGUUUACUUUUCUGGAUUUGACUAUUUCACAGUCUACAUUCUCCAAUUCUAAAUGGUUUACUAUCUUAUCUUUGAUAUUAGAAAUUUGCUUGGUACUAUCUGAUGAGCCUCCAGAAAAAUCACUUUUUGAUUCGUAUAAAACGAGCAAUAACAUUAAUAAUAAUAAUGAUAUGGCUUUACAAACAUCUAUAACUGGGUUAUUCGAAAAAAAGGAAGAAUUAUUGAAAACUUGCAUUCAUUUACUUAAAUCGGAACAUUUAACAGAGGAUAAUUUGAUUGCAACUUUACGAAUGAUAGUAUGUCUUACAAAAAGCGAUCAUUUAGUGAAAUCAUUUUUAGAAAUGGAUGGUUUAGAAGCCUUAUUUACAAGACCAAGUACAAGUUUUACUUCCUUUGAGGUGCAACGAGCAUAUAUUAUCAUGAUUCUAAGACACAUUAUUGAAAGUAAACCAGUUUUGAUAAAGACGAUGCGUGAAUGUAUUAAAUCAUUCUGGUACAAUAGUGUUACUUCAUCUUAUAUAGAUAUUAUUCAGUUCCUUACUAGUAAUUGUAAUUUGAUUCAUCGUGAUUAUCAGCAAUUUUUAAAGGCGAGUUCACAACUACUUGGUUUGUCAGAUCAUCGUACAAAAUCUCCUGAUCAGGUCUAUCUACGUGACCCUAUGUAUAGGAAUGAAAUAGCUGAAGCAGCCAUGCAUGAUGACCAUUACAAUUCUUCUUCUACUUUUGUAAUUCAAUUUUUACUCGAAAAGGUCUUAUCCGCCUUGGACAAUGAAAAUCAAAGUAAUAUUUGGAUGGCAUAUACAGGCUUUCUACUUCAAUGUAUCUUUGAGCUUAUAUUAUCUUAUCCAAGCUGUAAAAGUGACAUUAUCAAAUUUGAUACCUUUAUUCAUUUUGAUAAUAUCGAUACUCUUUCGGAUUCACUUAUUUGCAAAUCCUUCUUGUAUAGAUUGAUCGAUAAAUUAUUGCCAUACAAUACGAUAAACAACACAUCAGACCUUGAACGAAGAAAACAUGGUAUUUCAAUAUGGGUCGUUUCAUUAAUGGUUGGUUUAUGUUAUGAUAUAAAAAUAUAUGAUAAAGUGAAGUCCCAUAACAAAGAUAGACAAGACAAAACACAACAAAAGAUCAGAAAUUAUGUUCUCCGAGUCAUUCGUCUUUUCUUUAAGGAAACUCUUGAAUCAACGACGACAAGAAGUAUCGUUACUAAAUAUACUCGAUACUAUGUCUUUGCCGAGCUUUGUAAUCAUCUUCUUUCCUCUCGAGUUGAAUUAAUGACUCCUGUUUUAAAUAUAAAACCAGAGGAUGUAACCAACAUGGCAAUGCUCAUGCUGAAUCAAAAUUAUAUUUCUUUAAUGAUAUCAGCCAUUAAUGAUAUUGAUGUUGAUUUCCCAUAUGCGAAAACAAUUUUGACCUCUGUCAUGACACCCUUGGAGCAGUUGACUAAAAUAAAUCUCCGUAACACACAUCAUAGAACUACCUCCUUUGAAAAAGCCUUAACUAACGAUAAAACGGAUGUAAGAAAUGAAGAAGAACCACAAGAUAUGUAUAUCUCAAUGGAUACAAGUGAAGAUGACAAUGUAUCUGAAGAAGAAGUAAACAAUUUAUAUAGAAAUUCAUCUUUAGCUAUGUUUGAUGGUACUGUUCAUGAAGAUGAGGAUUCUAGUGAGGAAGAAUAUGAAGAUGAUGAUGAUGAUGUUGAGAUGGCUAGUUCCGGUGAAGAAGUUAUAGAGUUUUCAUCUGAUGAUCAGGGUAGAUAUGGAACAGAUACUGAUAUGGAAGAUGAAGAAUCAGUCAAAGAGGAUGAUGAAGUUGAAGUAGAAGAUGAGGAAAUGGAAGAGUUGAUAAGAAGCCAUCGAUAUCAUCAUUCAGAUACUGAAGAAGAUGACAAUUUAGAAGAUGAUGAAGAUGAUGAUGAAACUGAUUCUCACUCAAGUGAUGAAUCAAGUGAUUUUUCCAGCUCUGAUAGUUAUACAUCUUCGAAUGAAUCAUUAGACUCUAAUAGGAGUGAUUCAAUAUAUUCAGAAGAAGAAAUGAAUCGAGAGAUAACUUGGCCACUGGAUGAAGUGAUCGAAGAAUCUGAAUAUCCGAGUGAAAGUGAGCACACAGAAGAAGAAAGCGAUAGUAGUAGUGGUAGUUCUGAUACUGGUAUGGACUUUGAAAUUGAAGAAAUAAGUGAUUCUUCAUAUGACGAUGAAAGCGAUGAUCUUGAACUCAAUGCGGAAGAAUUAGAAAACGUUGAAGAUAAUCUUCGAUUGUUCUUCAACGAAAACCCACUAAAUACCACGCAUCCACCCAUAAUAAAUUCAGCUACUAAUUCCAUAAGAAGCUUUGUAAGUCAUGACGAUUCUGAAUAUGACUCACCAUUUGAUGAAGAUAACAUCAUCUUACAUCCUCUUCUCAGAAAUACGAAUGCGAAUCCUGAAAUCGAAUUCUUAUCUGAUGCCACUACUGGUCAUCUUCAAGCAUAUGAAGAUAUUAUUGGUGGUGGUGCUGCACAUUUGUUGGAGCAACUUUUCUUGGAUUUUCAACGACAAGAGCAUGCUCCUCAUUCCACUAGACAAGAGCAAACAAAUUCUUUAUCAAAUGAUGACAAAGAUAACAAGGAAACAUUAAUGAUCUUGAAAGAGUUUACACCGAUGACAACUGCUAACCGAUGGGCUCAAGAAGCUAAAAUGAUGUAUACUCCUUCUACCUUAACUACUAAGGCUGUUAAAAUGAAAUAUAUGCUCGAGACUGCUCUGUUAAAAGAUACGAUAAAAAUGGAAGAUGAUACCAAAGAAGAAACGAAUACUAAUGCAGAUAGCAUUCGUAAAUUUAAGCAAAAUGACAGCCUUAUGAAUGAAUCUAGUGCAACACAUACUCAAUUUGGAUUACCAGGAGAAUAUGAAGAAGAAGCUAAUACGUCUGAGCCUUUAGUAUGUACGAAUGCUGACCAAUUUACCCCUGAUCCUUCAUUAACACAUAUUGGGGAAGCUACAAGGAUAAUUAAUGAGCAUUAUAGUCAAGCUUUAUCACCAGGAGUAACAUUGACAAGAAGAUUUAUGGAUAUUCCAGAAUCACCAUCUACGAUGGAUAUGACUGAUUUUGAUUCUGAGGGCGAUAGACUCGCACCUUCACCUCCUGUUAACGAUUUAUUUACAGUUGAUCAUAUUACAAAUCGCUUCGAUAUGAAUGUAUUAGAAAAGGAAACACCUCAUUCAGAAGCUCCACGUAUUGUUGACCUUUUCCAAUUAGCGUCCCUUGUACGAUUGCUAUUUGUUCCUCAUUCUAUUUCAAAGACCAUGCUAAAUCGAUUGUUGCUAAACUUGUGCAAAAAUACGGAGACACGUAAAGAUUUGCUUUCCUUACUUUUAUAUAUUUUACAAGUAGGAUGUAAAGAUCUGGUUUCUGUAGAUGAUAUUUUAAAGCAAUUAUUUUUCUAUCAAAAAGGAAAGGACAGAGAGUUGAAACUAACUACUCCAGUGAAAAACAUCCCCAACUUAAUCGCUCAAAGGUGUUUAGAAAUCCUAUAUUAUGUUGUUGCUUGGAAUAGUAAAGCAUUAGGGUAUUUCUUUACUAAAAAGGAUAUCGUUGCCCAUUUGAGAUAUAGUGACUCUGCAAAUGCUCUGAAAACAAAGGCAAAACAUGAGGUCAAAUAUCCUAUUUUGAAUUUGAUUCAUCUAUUGAGUCGGUCUGAAUUUUUGGAUAAUGCUAAUUUGAUGGAGCAGCUGAUAAAUUUGAUAGCUACUAUUAGCCGAUCUAUACCUACAAUAGUUGAAAGAUACGAAACUAAAUACAAUCACACAUUUAAACCGCCAGCUAUUCCCAAUCAAUAUUUAGAAAUGAUUGCAGAUAUCCUUUCAUUUGGUGAAUGCUCAAGUUUCACUUUCCAGUAUACUAUUAGUGUUCUUUCACACAUGUCUGCUUUAGACGGUGCUCUUAAGUUAAUCAUUAACCGUCUGAUACUAAAAGCAAAAGAUUGUAGUCAACACAUUUGUAUUGAUUUGAAACAACUCUCUCAUCAUUUAAAUAAUAUUAAAGGGAGUAUUGAAUUAUUAGAUGGUGUUGCUGUUACUCAAUUCUCAGCCACAACCUCUUACCAAGCAAGACUUUUACGUGUAUUAAAAGCGAUAGACUAUUUAUAUACUCGCAAACAACGUAGACAACCAUCCAAACAAGAAGAAAAUCAAAAGGCUAUUUUGGAAGUCUAUAACGAACUCGACUUUUUGCCAAUGUGGGAAAUGUUAAGCUCUUGCUUAACGAUGAUCCAAGAAAGAGAAGAUUUGAUGAAUGCAGCGUCCAUCUUGUUGCCCUUGGUGGAGUCAUUUAUGUCGGUGUCAAGAUAUACCGUAAAAAGAGGGUACACUACAAUAAAGGAGCAAGAGACAGGAGACUCCAUUCAUGAUUUCUUUGCCAUUUUCACGGAACGACACAAGAAGGUUUUAAAUAUCAUGAUUCGUAAUAACCCUACUUUAAUGAAUGGAUCCUUUUCAAUUUUAACUUAUAAUCUAAAGAUUUUGGAUUUUGAUAACAAACGCAAUUGCUUUAUACAGCAGUUACGUAAAUUUGAUGGACCCCGUACACAUUCUACCAUACGACUGAGUGUCAGCCGCGAACGUGUAUUUGAGGACACCUAUGAACAGCUUCAUCCAUUCAGUGGUAAAGAGAUUCGAAACAGCAAGAUAGCAGUCGAAUUCAUGAACGAAGAUGGUAUUGAUGAGGGCGGUGUUUCUCGUGAAUGGUUUUCAGUACUUGCGCGACAAAUGUUUGAUCCUAACUAUGCCUUGUUUAUUGCAUCAGCAGCUGAUAGACUUACUUAUCAACCUAAUCGUGCUUCAGGUGUAAGCGCAGAACAUUUGAAUUAUUUCAAAUUUGUGGGUCGUAUAAUUGGUAAAGCCAUUCAUGACGGUAGAUUAUUGGAUGCCUAUUUCACACGUUCUUUCUAUAAAUUGAUCCUUGGACGUUCUGUUGAUUAUCGUGAUGUAGAAACAGUGGAUCCUACCUAUUACAAGAGUUUAGUCUGGAUGUUAGAAAAUGAUAUAACAGAUAUUAUCGAUGCCACCUUUAGCAUAGAGGUAGAUGACUUUGGCAAAAGAAAGAUCAUUGAUUUAAAGGCGAAUGGUCGUAAUAUUGCUGUUACAGAGGCAAACAAGCAUGAAUAUGUGGCAUUAGUUACAGAACAAAAAUUAGUUCUUGCUAUUAAAGAUCAAGUGAAUGCAUUCUUGGAAGGGUUUUAUGAUAUUAUCCCUGUUGAGUUGAUACAAAUCUUUAAUGAACAAGAAUUAGAGUUACUCAUCUCAGGUCUGCCAGAUAUUGAUAUUGAUGACUGGAAAGCCAAUACUGUUUAUGUGGGCUACACAUCUGCUUCACCUCAAAUUCAUUGGUUCUGGCGUGCAGUUAGAUCAUUUACUCAAGAAGAACGUGCUAAACUACUUCAGUUUACUACAGGAACUUCAAAGGUACCUCUAGAAGGUUUCAGUCAAUUACAAGGUUCAAAUGGUGUUCAGAAAUUUCAAAUACAUAAAGAAUUUGGAGAUGUGAAUCGUUUACCAUCUGCACAUACUUGUUUUAAUCAAAUCGAUCUUCCACAAUAUGUAACAUACGAAGAUUUACGUUCAAGUUUAUUUAAGGCUAUGAAUGAAUGUUCAACAGGCUUUGCUCUUCAAUAG